UACAAACCGACCGACUUGCUUAGGCAUUCUGCUAACGAGCCUGAAGCUGUUGUGUUUUCAACCCUCAACUUAGUUUAACCCACACUCCCUGAGUACUCGAUACCCCCGCCCAUUAUGUGUGUCGGCAUCAUCGGACACUGCUCGUGCGUGCGCUGUCUCGAGCAGCCGAACCCAGGCAAGCUCCUGCGCGUCGAUUUCUGCAACGAGCACCAGGAGCGACUCCGUGGCGUCUGGAAGCGCUCCUUGCCCGUGCAGCCCACGAUUGCUCUUUGCCCCAAGGUGACCUUCAAGCGGGUCCACGACCCCAACAGCUGCCACUGCAAGGGCGUCGAUGCUGUUGAGACCGAGCAGAAUGCCUCCACUGCUGCUGCCGAGCGGCCGUCGGAGGAGCCUGCCGUAGUUGCGCCGUGGUUCGCGGCCGCGAACCAGUCUGCCGCGAUUCCCAACGCUGACAAGGGAAAGGGGAAGGUGAAAGAGACUCAGCCGGCUCCCCAAGCUGGCCAUGAACGCGCUGAGAAAGAAGCGCCGACAGGCAAGUUCAAGGAGCCCGCUCAGCACCCCUCUCAGACCGACAGGGAGGAGGAGCCCUCCUUCCCAACCAUCCUAAAAUUCACCCCAAUCAACCGCAAACCGGCUGUGUCGACCAGCGAGAACCGUCCCCGCGGCGGCCUCGACUCUGGCACACCACCUGCUGGCAAUCCCAAAGAGAAGGAGAAAAGCGCCACCGCAACCUCAAAAAAGCCCGACAACAUCAUCAGAAAGCGCACUCCGCUGCCCAGCAGUCGUCCCCGCCCUAGGCCUGCCGUCUCAGCCUCCACCUCCGCCUCUGGCACUCCCGCGCCCACCCCGGACCCGGACACGGACACGGACAAUAAGAGUGGAGAAGAGGAGGGGGAGGAGCACUCUGCUCCUCAGCCCGGUCACAGCAGGCCCUACUCGCCGCCCCUGGUCCGCGAGGCGGAUGGUGCGCGGCCGGGCUGUGGACCGUGGACGGUGGAGGAGACUAUCAAGUUGCUGGCGCUCAAGUCCAAGGGGCUGGGGUAUAGUCAGAUGCAGCCGGGGCUGGCUCCCGGGCGUGACGAGCUGUCCUGCUAUGAUCGCAUCCAUCUGCUGGCGGUCAAGUAUGGCUAUGAGGAGUACAUUGAUUAG